CCACACCACCCUGGACUCCAGAAGAUUGAAGUUGAAGCUGGGAGCCAAGAAAAGAGGUCGAGGAGGGAGGCCGCGCGCGGGACAGAGAGAUGUGCCUGGUGGUGGUCUGCGACGAGCCUGAGCGCGUGGUGGCCACGCACCAGGCGCCCGGGCGGUGCCCCUACUGCGGCGGCGGCGUGGUCAGGGCGGACGUGGAGAGCGCGCCGCGGCUCUGCUUCGUCCCGCUCUGCUUCCGCAUCCGACGACGCUUCUACUGCUCCCUCUGCUCGCGCCGCCUCGUCUCCGUCGCCUGAACGGUCGCCGGAACAGGGAAGCGCAACGGAGCUCUGGCUGCUCGGCGCGUUGCCAUGCGCUGCGUGUGUAUGGCUAUGGAGUAAUUUAGCAAGGUACCUCGGUUUCCGCGUCCGCUAAAACCAUUUGUGUGACAUACAAGUACUCCAAAUAAUUAAGCAGCUUUAUUACGAAUUAAUUACGAUCCAGGUAAAUUGUACCGUGCCUUAUUUGUGCCGUGUCCGGAUGAAAUCGGUGCGAAUUGUUCCAUGCACACGCAAGAAAGCGGAGCGUGCGAUGUACGUACUGGAUGUGAUUUCAUUCUGUUUUGCCCACAUCGGAGCAGAAUUGGUCACAUUCAGGCUGAAAUCUCUUUUUUUUUUUAAAUACCAGCAUCGCGAAAAUGAAUGACAAGCCGGUAAUCCCUCUGCACAGAAAUGGCCAAUGAAUUGACGAACAUUGAAGCAUCGAAAUAGGGAGGAAGGUGUUGACCUUUUUUUAUUGCGGCGAGAGUACAGGAUGGGGAAAUGGAAAAAGAAAAGAAAAGAAAAAAAA